UUCGCGAGCUGUCGGUGUUCGUUGAAUCAAACGGCUCCGAAUAAUUGCAAAGUAUUUUCGCGGGUGUUGCUGCCGAGAUUGAGUGGAUAAACUCACCAGAAAGGGCAUAACAAAUAAAGAAAAAAAAUCAUAACAACAACGAAGAUCGAAUAACAAGUUUUUGACAGUUGUUGCUGCAAGAUUGAGAGGAUAAAUUCACCAGGAGCGGAAUGAGAAAUAAAAAAAAAGAAGGCAAAAGAGUAUUUUGUUGAGCUAAAAAGUUCUUCGGCAGUUGCUGCAAUCCUAGAAAUCCCUGGAGAUGGAAUAAAGAGUAAUAAGAAGUGCAGGGAAAAUUCAAGAGAUAAAGAGGAAGAUUGAAUGAUCAGGAGAAUGGAUCGCCGAAAGUUCAAGUCGAACCGAGGUCUCCACCAGAACCUGCAGGCCCCAUCGAGUUCCGCAGGUCCGGAGCCCGCAGAAUCCGAGGACAUGUUCAGUUCGUCGCACCGGACGAGCUCGCAGAGGCAGUCGAGUUUGGAGCUCCUCAGGAAACGAACGCAGACGCCAACGUCCACUGACGAGGAGCCCACGGGGAGUCAGAAGCGUCCGAGGGCAACGGGUGACUCCAAAAAUUCCCCCUCGAAGAUCCCGAGACUGGAGAAGUGGUCCCAACGUGAGGGUUCCAGUUCCAGACUUGGGAGGGUCACGUCGCAGGCUCGAGAGAAGCCGAGGGAGGUCCCCCAGGUGUCGCAGCCUCGAGAGAGGCAGAGGGAGAUCCCCCAGGUGUCACAGCCUCGAGAGAAGCAGAGGGAGAUCCCCCAGGUGUCACAGCCUCGAGAAAAACCGAGUCAGGUGUUCUCCCAGAUCUCCAGUAGACGUCUCACCCCAUCGAAGUCGUUGAGGCUCCCCCAGAGGUCCCCCGAGAAGCCCUCGCCCUCCAGGAGUCGCGACCCCAGGUCGUUGAAACGUCCAUCCCCUCCAGAGAGUGAUAAAGAGAAUCGGACGUCCAAUCCGAAGCCCCGAGCCUCGAGGAUUCUCCUAUCAGACGACUCCGACGACGAGGGCCCCAUCCAGAAGGAGAAGACCCUCCUGGAGAAGUUCCUGGACCAGUGUGGGAUCAGAGUCUCCCUGGAGAACGACGAUCAGUACACGAUAUCAGUGAACCCAGCUGGAGUCGUCAAGAAGAUCCAGGAGGUCCUCUCCAGCGGGGAAUUCACGAAGGCGAGGGUGAUUGUCGACUGGGAGAAGAGUCUGGAGGAAGUCGGCAACAUCAAGAAGUACCUGAACCCCACGGUGAUGGACCAGGAGAGGCUGGCCUCGGUGAACAACGCAUCCCUCGCCAGGAUUCUUCUCCAAGUCCCCCUGAUCCAGACCGAGGUCCUCAGCUCUCUGUUACGACGUCUGAAUGAGGAGGUUGUUGUUGCUGACUCCCUGGACGACGUCCCCUGGGCCUCUGUUCUCCUCUCGCAGCUGAGGUUCCUGGAGAUCGUGGCCGAUGCUGACGCCAUGACGUCCAGUCUGGAGGAGCUCCUGGAGUCCGCCCCAGGCUGGUUCCAGAGGGAGCUGAUUGCUUUUCUCCCUGAUAUCGUCACUGAUUCUCAUCAUCAGGGGAUUGCUGACAUGCUCUGCAAACUCAUGGAGACUGACAGCGGCCUCAAGGGGGUCAUCCUGGGGUGCAUCACUGGGCUGACCCUCGGCAAGGAGUACCUGGAGGAGUUGAGGAAUAAAGUCCUCCUGAUUAUGCAGGAGAGCACGGAAAUUUCCGAGAUUCCCUCGAUGGUGAAGUUCUGCUUGUACGAGUGCCCCAGUGUCGAGGUCUACCAGAAGGUCCUCAGGGUCGUGAGGGACCUGGAACUCCAUCCCGACGAGAACACGAACACUGAGGAGUGCUUCACGAGUCAAAUGAUGAUUGUUAACACUCUUAAAAUGACGUUCAUCAUGACGAAGACAGCGCCCAAGGCGGCUCUCAACAUUGUCUCGGAAGUCACCAACGAGAAGCCGAAGGUCCUGGACCUGAUUAUGAUGCUGGUGCUCUGCAGGAACACCCUGAAGAGGAAAUUCGCUGAGAAUGUCUUCAGGAAGCACGUGAAGAGUGGGUACUACAGGGCGAGUCUUCUGUACUCGUUCUAUCACGAUUAUGAACAGGUGGCGAAGGACUUCCAGUCGACAGCUUUGAGCCUCUCCAGUUGUCUUCUCAAGUCCGAGGACCAGAGCCUCGUCAACUUCGCUGUGGAGUGGUUCAGGCACCAGUUCGUGGCUCACAGCAAGGUCUUCCUCAUGCAGACGGAGAUAAUCAAUAAAUUGAUACUGCUGAUGGGGAACAACGAUCACACUGCCAAGCAUGCACUCUCGGUCCUCUGCAAGAUGACGGAAACUGCUGAUGAGAAGGAUCAGCUCCAGAGGCACUGCAACGAGCUCACGGUGCUCAUGGAGAAGAUCGAUCAGUUCGAUCUCGAGGAGGUGGGAACCAUGAAUGACCUGCUCUACGCCCUCUGCGACAGCUCGAACUCUUCCUCGGAGGCCCUCAGGGAUGAUCUCUUCAUUCUGCUUCAGAAACAGCUGUCGAAUACUGACGCUGUGGUCAAGUGUAAGGGGGUCGUGGGGGCGGUUAUGGCGAUGAAGCAUCUGGUGAAGAACGAGGAGUCUGUCAGUCUGGCUGGAGAGAUCCUCAAGAAGCUGGAGGUCAGCACGAGGGACUGCCCCAGGGGCAAAGCCCUCUUCUACGAUAAGAUGGGCCAGGUCAUUGCUAAUGACAGAGGCAUUAACUCCGAUUUUGUCAGGGGGCUCAUCACUGCCUGCGAGGACACCCUCGUCACCGGUUAUAUGACUGAGAGGGAGACCUAUCGAGGGGAUUUAGUCCCCUGUUUCUGCUUGAAUACUAAUCAGGAUGGUAACUUGGGGCCUGACAUGUUCAUCCACUUUGGAGACAGCAAAUAUGGGGCCAUUGUUCCUUCGCUGUUUCGACUUGUGAGGAUUGGAUAUGUUCACAUCAGCGAGAAUCACGAUCUGGAUGAGGUCAGCGCUGUCCUGGGGACCGGGAUCAUGAUGCCCAGGGACAUGGACAUGCCGGACACCAGGACCUUGGAUCUUAUGUUCUACUGCAUCAACUGGUACAGGGAAUUGAUCAGUGCUUACAUCACUGAGGAGGGGUCGUUGAUGAAGAAGCAGGUGGUACAGAGGCUCGAUAAUCUCAUGUUCCUGCAGGGGGAGCUCAGUAAUCUACUCUCACUGGCAGAGCCCAGGUACCAGCCACCACCUUGCUACUUCCACAAGUUUCCCCCGCCUGCGUUCAAUCGAGUCGAGAAAAAGAUGGCGAAAAAGUCUGGGAAGAAGAAGGAUUCUGACAAGAAUACAACAGCCACUGGGGGAAUUCCGGAGUGGGAGGCCUGGGAGAAUGGCUCCCUCAUGACCAUCAAGAACCCCAUGUACUUCAGGAGACUCGACGCUACUAUCGUCCACUUCUUGGACACUGAGAUCAGCAACGAGUUGUCUCCAGGUCACGUCUGCUUCAUCGUCAAGGAGUUGUCGUCGAUGCUGGACGACGACAGCAUUGCCAAUCAGGCGUUCAUCAGGGAGCUCGUGGAACUGCUCCCCAAGAUCAUGGCCAAGCUGAAUCAUCUGGUGAGCCAGUUGAGGACUGAUGAUGACAGUCAGCACAAACAGGCGGUCUGGCUGAUUCUCUCGUUGGUCUCCAAGAUCUUCAACUGGAAGGGCUUCGACUCCGCCACACACUGGGGACUCCUCAGGGCCGGGCUCAGGGUUCUCGCCAGUCAGAGUGAUGAGGCUAACAGGAGUCUCAAGUACUCUAGGGAGCUGGUGGCCGCGGCUUAUGAGUACUUUGAGUCCUUGGCUGAUGUCGCCACGCAGAUCCCCGUGGCUCACGCUCUUGUCAACAUGUGCAAGACCCUGAUGAAACACUCGGAGACGUUCACUAAGGAGCAGAAGGACAAACAAGCCAAGAUGGCUUAUGCGUUUUUGUGUCUGGAGUGGCCUGACGACAAGCAUCUGGGGAGUCUCUACAAGGCGGCGGUUACUGGGUUGCUCAAGAACUGGAUGGAUCACGAGUCGAAUUCUUUGAGGACGGUCUCUGAGGUUCUUGAGUGGCUGCCCGAAGAGGUGGAGACGAUGGAGAGAACGACUGAUAAACUAACGAAACUCCCAACGAUAAACAGAGGCAACUUCCAUUAUCUCUUCCAAAAGCUCCUGGACGGGCUCUUGAGAGGGGCGAAGGUCUCGUUGGCAGCUGCACAGGGGGAAGGACAAAAACUCCAGGUCUGGAAGGCCGUUGGGAAGAAUGUGCAGCUGUUAGUGAAAGUCUGCAAGACCAUCCCCACUAGGGGAACUCUGUUGAGUUACCUCAAGCUCAUGCCCAAUCUCCUGAAGAUGCUUCUCAAUGUGGGAAUGCACACGCUGGAGCACAAUCUGAGGUACCAGCCUGAGGAGGUCACUGGCAUUCUCAAGAUGAUGCAGAUGGGGACGAGGUAUCUCAAUGCUGUGUGCUGUCAUAGCACUGAGAGGAAGGACAUGGCUCUCACUAAACUCAUUCCUGCUGCCAAGAGCAUUCUCGAGCAGCUCGUGUACAGUGUCAAGGGGAUGCUUGUUGUCAAUAAUAGUUCCACUGCUUUCUGGAUGGGGAAUCUUGUUAAUAAGAAUUUGGACGGACAGGAGAUACUCUCGCAGAAUUCAACAACCUCCGAGGAGCCCACCAUUCCAGAUAUCAGCACUGAUAACAAUGUUUCGAGUGCAGAUGAGUCAGAGUCUGAUAUCCUUGGAGAAGACGAUGAUACCAACGAUACUAGAGAUGAUGGGUCUAUUGAUAGCUAAAUAUCCGGCAAUUUUUUAAAUUUUUUUUUGGUGUUCAUUAACUUUGAGUAUAAAUUUGAGAAUAUUCACAUGUUGAAGGGAAAAAUCGUUGAGGUUUUGGUCGAGUUUAAUUACAAUUGAACUUGGAAUUAUUUACAGACGCAUGAAAAAAUUGAAAUGAAAAAAUUUGCGUUGCUAUAUCACAUGAGCAGUCUGUAAUUAUGAAAAUAUUCAAAUAGAGAUACGCGCGAUCUCCAUGGAAAUUUCCAGUUUCAAUACUUCGUUAAUUGACGAUUUGAUUGAAUAAUUUCACUCGAGAGAUGUGACGAAACGCUGACGACUCCACGUUUUAUCCUCGUUCAUGGUUUCUUCGACGAAUGUAACUCUGUCUGAGGCGUCAACGAGUAUCACAGUGUGUGUUCUCGUGCCAUAAUUUCGCUCCCCUGCGUGCACAAAUAUCGAACUGAGGGCUUUGCUCUCCUCCUGGUGGAUCUCCUCCAUUACAUCGUCAGGCAAAUGCCUGAAUUCGGGGGAAAUAGCCCUAAUUAUUCUUCUAUUUUUCUUAUCUCAUUAUAUUUGGCUUCUACUCACUGCUCGUUCGAUUUGAGGAAGUGGAUGAGCUUCUCGAUGAGCACGUUCUCGUGAGUGCUUUUGGAGUCGGUGACGAUUUGCUUAAAUUGCUCCUUUCCAUUUGUCACUUUUUUGUAAGGAGUCUCCACCGAUGUGUUACCAAAACCCAGGAUCGUGUCGGUUACUGAUAGUUCUGGCCCUUUGCUGUUUCUAGAACUGCUUAAGAAACUCACUUCAGCUGUUCUGGAAAGAAAAAUUAGGGGCAAAUUAUUGAUGGUUUCUUUAUUGAUGUGAAGGAGUGAACAAUAUGAUUUUCAAUUUAUUGAUUUCAGUUGAGACAGAAAAAGAAAUAUCUCUAAAUCUAAUAGAGUUUGAGAUGUUCAUAAAAUAGUUUAUGAUGUCUCUGUUUCUUUUAUUUUGUUUUCUUUCUUUCUUCAGUUCCAGUUUUUUUGAAAAAUAUGAUUUGAUGCGCAGAAAAAGAAAUUUAUGUACGAAAAAUAUUAUUAUUAUUAUAUUAAGAAAGUAUUAUUAUUGUUAUAGUCUACGAAUCUCUAUGGAAUACUUUAUUCUAGAAACAUUUUGAAAUAGAUUUAGUUUAGGGAGAAGUCUCUGAUUUUUUUUAUAGAAAAUUUCAUGGACAAAAUAUCUUCAAAUAUAUUUUUUUCUAAUUUAAAAAUCUUCAAAAAUAAUUAUCGAUAAAUCAGGAUUGACCUAACAAUUUCAUUCAAUUUAUCUUGCAAAUAUCUCUGAAACCACAAGAUUUCAUCAAAAAAUUCCGAAAGAUUUUUUUGUAACUCGUGGAACUCUCUCGAAGAUGUUCUCAAAAAUUCCUCUGCACUCCUUCGUUUGCAAAAAAUAACGAAAUAAAGACUAUUAACCACUCCACUCCAACAAUACAACUACAAUCGACUAUUUUUGUUCACCACCUACUUCAAAUCAAGAAGAACCAACGUGUACGGAUUGUACGUAUCGAACUUCCUGUUCUCCUCAUACAAAGUACUUAAGUAAUUCUCUGUAGUCUCCCUGGACACGACGUAGUUCGUCACCAGGAACCCGCGGCCCUUCUUCGGGGUGUCUGGCCCAUCCCGAGGAUUUUCAGUGGGUGGCUCGGAGAGAUUUAGAAGUACCCCGCCGCGGCCUUUCGUAGAAAUCGCCAGCCAAGUGCCUCCCUCCUUCGUCGGUUCCUCGUCAGUCCCUUAAUCAAACGAAAAUUCGAUUUAGGGAAAAUUACUAUGAGUUUAAAGUCGCAGGCUAUUGAGAAAUGAGAUUUUUCAUACAUUGAAGAUCGAUUAUAUAGGGGAGAGUCGAGCAAAAUAGGACGUCUCGUGAUCUUCUUUAAUUGUCAAUAUCUUCAUUUCGGUAGGGAAAUGGUAAACGGUUUAAGUCCACUUAUCUCCCAAUUGAGUUUUUGAGAAAUAUUUCCGAAUCUAACGGAGAUGGCAAAAUUUUCGU